AUGACCAUUCGUCCAAUGAAGUUCACACCAGAGCUCCUACUGGGAGCUCCUCGGCGGUCCGCUGCCGUGCCCAAUUCAUCUGGCACUCUGGCUGUGUAUACCCAAACCUCCUACUCCUUCGAGUCGCAUGCAAAGACCAACGAAAUACGAGUAGUGGAUAUCACCACAGGCCGAUCUUCUCUAAUCACAAACGAUCCAAGUGCGAGCUCUCCGCAGUGGCUGGGGACCGAUGACCGUUUAAUAUGGCUCAAAACAAAGUCAAAUGGCAAUACAAGCUUCAUAAUCGGUCAUGCUCGAGAGGCGGGCAAGACAUACACUGCUGGAACAGUCCCCGGACCAGUGGCCAAUCUCAAGGUCACCGUCAUUGAGUCGGGAAAGAUUGGGUUCGCUGUAACUGGCCAGGCGAAUCCGGAUGGGUCCCUUUAUAACCCUCAUGAUGCUAAAAAGCCUCACACUACCGGGAAACUAUACUCCUCAUUAUAUGUCAGGCAUUGGGACUCGUACAUCGAACCCCAGAGGAAUUCGAUCUGGUACGGCCUAUUACAACAAACCCCGUUGACCCCUGCUACCAGACAUGCAGGCAAGUACUCAGCUUCGGCUUUAACAAACCUGAUCUCAGUAUGCGGUUUAACGGGCGUUGAAUCGCCAAUCCCACCCUUUGGCGGCUCUGGGGAUUUUGACAUCAGCCCCUCCGCAAUUGUCUUCGUAGCUAAGGAUCCUAAUGAGAACCCUGCCACACACACCUCCUGCUCAUGUUAUUAUUGUCCCAUGUUUUCUUGGACUGGCGUGACUGCAUUGGAAUCUCAAAAGAUAUGUGCAGUCAAGGGCCUUCAAGGAGCCAUGUCUUCUCCCGUCCUCUCCUCAGAUGGCAGCUCCAUCGCUCUCCUUGCAAUGAGGGAAGACGGUUACGAGUCUGAUAAGAACAGAAUACUCUAUGUGCCCAACCCCUGGAGUGGAGAGAUGAUAGAGGCUUUCGCGUCUCCGGAUGGAGAGGGUUUGUGGCAUCUAAGUCCAUCGGCCGUGACAUUCGCAAACGACGAUCAGGCCCUGUUGGUUCAAGUAGAGGAGAACGGCCGUGGUGUUCUAUACCAGCUUCCUCUAGCCAACUUCCGUCAUUCUCGCCCCUCUGCGCUGAAGAAGCUGACACACUCGGGCUAUGUGACUGAUGUGUUCCCUGCAUCAGCCAAAUCAUCCAAGCUACUCGUCGCGAGCAACAACUUGGUAGAAAACAGCCGGUGGACGAUCAUCGACCCGCAGUCUCCUGAGAGCCCCAAGGUCAUAUCUUCGCUUUCCCGUGGCGGUGCUGCCUUUGGGCUGUCCCCGGCGCAGGUCGAUGAAAUUUGGUUCAGGGGAGCCGAGGACCACCCCGUUCAUGCCUGGGUUGUGAAGCCAUCCGACUUCCAGCCUGGUAACAAAUAUCCCCUCGCUUACCUGAUUCAUGGAGGUCCGCAAGGAGCAUGGAAUGAUCAGUGGAGCACGCGCUGGAAUCCUGCUGUUUUUGCUGAGCAAGGGUAUGUGGUCAUCACCCCCAACCCCACAGGCAGUACCGGCUACGGACAGGCAUUUACAGAUGCAAUCUGUGGUUCCUGGGGAGAACGUCCCUACAUCGAUCUCGAAAAGGGAUUCGACUAUAUUGAGAAGAACUUGGACUAUGUCGAUACAACGCGAGCUGUGGCCCUGGGGGCGUCAUUCGGUGGGUAUAUGGUAAACUGGAUCCAGGGCCAUGACUUUGGUCGCCGAUUUAAGGCUCUUGUGACCCAUGAUGGUAUCUUCAGCAUGCGGGCACUGUUGAGCACCGAAGAGCUCUACUUCCCUGUUCGAGACCUCCAAGGCCCCUACUGGAAAGUCCCAGAGAACUGGGACAAGUGGGAUCCGUCCCGAUUCACAGGAAACUGGCAAACCCCCCACUUGGUCAUCCAUAACGAACGGGAUUAUCGGUUGACGAUUGCAGAGGGACUUAGUGCCUUCAAUGUCUUGCAGAUGAAGGGUGUGGAGAGUCAAUUUUUGACGUUCCCUGAUGAGAAUCAUUGGGUACUAAACCCAGAGAAUUCCCUCAUGUGGCACCGCACCAUCUUCAACUUCAUCAACAAGUUUGUUGGGCUGCCGUCGGAAAGCAGGACAGAUCUGGAAAAUGGCGUGGCUACUAUGUCUCUGUAA